AUGCAUCUCGGCUGUAUGAUUCUUUUCCUCUUUCUUGCGAGCUUCGAUGUCGCUUCCCAAUCCUUGCCCAAGCUGACUCCCCGCCAGCUCGCUGUGAACCAGCUCGUCAACGCAUCCCGCAUUCUCGCCUCGCAGGGGGUCGCAGACGACUGUGCCGGGCACAUCUCCAUCCGUGAUCCGCUCUCCUCAGACACCUUUCUGAUCACUGGUGGUAGCAGGACACCCGCCCAAGUCACUCCGGCCGACGUUACCGUGGCCAGGAUCAACGAUUCGCAGGUCAUUUCGGCGGCUUUGGAGGAUCAUGAGCCUCCGAUCCGCCCAGCCGAGAUCUUCAUCCACUCGUCCAUCUAUCAGAGGUUCCCCAACUCGACGGUCAACAGUAUCGCCUAUUACCAGGCCGAGCAGCUGCUACCUUGGUCGCUCUUCUCUUCGGACUCCGCCGGGAUCAACACGUCUCUAGUGACGACAGACGACCUCACUGGCUUCUUUGCGACGACCUCAGGCGCUUCCUUCUUGGGACCUCAUCCCGCUCCGGUCUUCAGCAUCUUUGACGAUGAUCCUGACGCGGCAACGAUUGCCGUCGACGACGUGGCCAAGGGCUUCUCGCUAGCGACAAGGUUCGGUCCCGCUGAUGCUACAGUCGCCAGCGUCAACGAGACUGACGGCUUUAGGCCUCUGGUGCUCAUGCGUAACGACGGCGCCACAGUGGUCGGAACGACGGUUCCCGAGGUCACCUUCCGCUUCGUUCAGGCGGUGAAAAGCGCCCGGAUCCAGCACCACGCAUCCAUGCUUUCGGCACAGAACGGAUCGGUGCCGCGCUUUGUGCCGGCUCAAGCGAUCAAAAGUAGCGACGAGUAUCUUCGCAGUUGGCUGCUAUGGAUUUCGCAGGUCGAGAACGCCAUGGCUGCAGACGUGGCCCGCAGCCCGGAGCUGUGGGCUGGCAGUGGUAAUGCGGCUGGUACAGGUGCCGGCAGCGAGAAUGCUGCGAGUAUGAAGGGGCCGCUGUCGAAGGGACUGGCCCUCAUCGUCAUCUGCACCACCAUCUCUUUGGCAUCCCUGCUCUCGCUUUGA